UGAAAAAUCUUUAAGCGGAGUUCCCUUUAUUCCGGAUGCAAGACCCUUCCCUUUCUACUCAUCAGAAACAGUAAUGUCUUCGCUGUGGUGGGAACCACAGCCCCUCCUGGACAACAGCAGCACUGCUCCCCCUCCUCAGCUGGACAACAGCAGCUGCUUCAGCUCCACGCAGAGCACCGUUCUCAAAGGAGUUCGCUUCGGAGGGGUGCCCGUCGUACUGCUGCUCGACUUCAGCGUUUUCAUGGUGUUGCUGAUCCUCUUUUCGAUCAUCAGGAGGAAACUGUGGGACUAUGGGCGCCUUGCACUGGUUUCCGAAAAUGAAGAAGAGUUCAACCAGUCAUCACAUCGUCGCUAUGGGCGCAUGUCAUCCUUUGCGUCCAAUGCAGAGGACCCGGAGUAUGAAGAUAGUUUCUGCUGCUGGCUCCCUUAUGUUAUCAGAAUGGAUGAGGAGAAGAUAAAGGCGAGAUGUGGCAUCGAUGCUGUCCACUACCUGUCCUUCCAACGUCACCUCAUCAUCCUUCUGAUGCUCAUCACCAUCACCUCUAUCUCCAUCAUCCUGCCCAUCAACCUGUCAGGAGACCUGCUCGGCAAUGACCCAUACAGUUUUGGAAGAACGACCAUUGGAAAUCUUCACAAAGACAAUAAGCUGUUGUGGCUGCACACAGUGUUUGCAUUUUUAUACUUGAUCCUGACGGUGGGGCUGCUAAGGCGUCACACAUCGCAGAUGAAGGGCAUGCGCAGAGAGACCACCAGAAACACGCUCUUUGUGUGUUCAGUCCCUAAAGAAGCCACAGAGGAGACCAUGAAGACCCAUUUCAUUGAGGCGUACCCUACCUGCCAAGUGUCUGCUGUGACUUUGGGUUAUAAUGUGGCCAAGCUCAUGCACCUUGACAAGGAGAGGAUGCGAGCUAAGAAAAACCUGUACUACUACGAGCGUAUCCUGGAGAAGACGGGACAGCGCGAGCUCAUUAACCCUCGAUUGUGCAGCCAUCUCUGUUGUUGCCCCACCUGUGGAUGUGAGGAGGUGGAUGCUAUAGAGCAUUACAAAAGUCAAGAGGAACGUCUUUUAGAAGAGGUAAGCAGGCAGAGAGUGUUGGUGCCGCAGCGCCCCCUGGGGAUGGCCUUCGUCACCCUGCAGUCCGAGGCAAUGGCCAAAUAUAUUCUUAAAGACUUCUAUGCCCUGGAGUGCGGGGCUGGAAACGACAGCAGCGGAAGAGCACCGGGUUGCUGUUGUUGCCGAGAGCCCCAGCCUUCGUCUUUCAGCAACUUCCUAAAAGUGAGGAGGUGGAGGGUCAGCUAUGCACCUCACCCAAAGAAUUUGUACUGGGAUAAUCUCUCAGUGCAGGGGGUUCAUUGGUGGCUACGCUGCCUGCUGCUCAACUUCUUCCUCUUCUUCAUGCUCACAUUCCUCACCACCCCUUCCAUCAUCAUCAGCACCAUGGACAAGUUCAACGUCACCAAACCCAUUUACUAUCUCAACAGUGCUGUAGUCAGUCAAUUCUUCCCUACUCUCUUACUUUGGUCCUUCUCCGCCCUGCUGCCUACCAUAGUCUACUACUCUACACUGGGAGAGGCCCACUGGAGCAGGUCCGCUGAGCAGCUUAGUAUGUUGCACAAGCUGUACAUCUUUCUGUUAUUUAUGGUCCUGAUCCUCCCCUCGCUGGGCCUCACCAGUCUUGCAGUUUUCUUCCGCUGGCUGUUUGAUAAAGAGUUUCUCUCUGGUGGCAAGUUGAGGUUUGAGUGUGUGUUCUUACCUGACCAAGGUGCAUUUUUUGUCAACUACGUGAUUACGGCAGCCCUGGUUGGUUCUGGGAUGGAGCUGUUGAGAUUGCCAGGGUUACUGCUAUACACCAUACGAAUGGUGUGUGCUCGCUCUGCUGCGGAGAGGAAAUAUGUCAAACAGAACCAGGCCUAUGAGUGUGAAUAUGGAGCCAUGUAUGGCUGGACUCUGUGUGUGUUCACUGUUAUCAUGGCUUACAGCAUCACCUGUCCUGUCAUUGUCCCCUUUGGUCUGCUCUAUCUGUUGCUGAAGUAUCUUGUGGACAAACACAACCUGUACUUUGCUUACCUGCCUGCUCGCCUCGACCGCCAGGUCCAUCUAGGUGCUGUCAAUCAAGCUUUAGCUGCACCCAUCAUCUGUCUCAUCUGGCUCUACUUCUUCUCCGUCCUUAGGACAGGCUUUAGCACUGACAUAUCGCUGUUCACCCUGGUGGUCCUGUGUGUUACUGUCUUCAUCUGCAUCAGCUACACCUGCUUUGGUCACUUCAAGUACCUCAGUCCAAACAACUAUGCAGUGAAGGAGGAUGAUGACGAGACAAUAGAUGAAGUAGCAGAGAAUACCCUGGUCUACCUUCCAAGAGUGCUCAGUCCUGACUCCCCCUCCACCUCUCCAGGGAUGCCAAGCUCUCCGCAGUGCUAUGGCUCUACAGAAGCCAGCCCAACCCACUGCUCCAGCCCUGUGAACGAUGACCUCCUGGAACCCUGAACCUGCUAGACUAGAGCGCCAAGUCACAGCUCUGGUGAUUACCUUUGAGUGCUGAAUAGGAAUCCUCUAACGUAGACCAUGAUAUCAGUGCUUGAGGUGAGAUCCCCACUUGAAGCAAAAUCUACCCAACUCUGUAAACAGACAACACUGACUGUCUCCUAGGAGGGAGUCCCAGGUGAUGCUGCAGAGGGGAUUUACAUAGGUUUCAAUGCCUGGAGCUGCACUAACCAACAAAGAAAACAUGGCAAUUAUAGACAUCUUAACCAUCUCAAACCUUCUCUAAACCUCUUUUGGGAAAGGUAUGAGAGGCGAAAGAAUCAUUGAAGACAUUGGGUCAAGGAUAUACUCCACUCUUCAGGGAAGAUGACAAACGGAAGGAGUUAGUAGGACCAGAUGAACAGCCAUAAGCAGCCAGCUUCACCAAAUAACAAGCCUUGACAGUCUUAUAUAAAUAUUUCCCCCCGUUAAGCACAGUUAAUGCUACAGUCCUGAAGAUUGAUGUUUCUGACACCCACUUACUGUCCUCACUGACAUUACAAUGCAGUGAUACUGGUAAUGGCAGUGGUGUCUGGUCAGUCCAUAUCCCAUAGAGUUGUUCGAAAUAAGUUACUGGUGUUUUUGUGUAAGCACCUGCUCCAAUUCUGAUCAAAAAACACGAUCAAUCAGAGUUUUAGGUAUUGAUGUCGGUAAAGUUACUUUAUAGGCUAACCUUGCUCUGCCGUAUUUGCUUGUUAGCUAAAACAAUUUGGCCUCCUCAACUUUGAUGCUACGUGCCUUAUUCUUACUUAUAUUUGCAUGCUGUGGUGAAGAGAUAAAUUUCAAUCAAUCAAGUUGCAUUUUAUAUAGUGCUUCUCUAGCUGCAAUGUACCAUAUCAUUUUUUCUUGGGAAGUCCCACCUGGCAGCAGCCAUAAAAAUGAGCAAUUACAAAAGCAUUCAUGAUUUGGAUAUUCAUGGAUUAGCUAUCAUCUUGAACGUGCCAGUGAUACAAAGUAACAAAAAGGACUUUUAUUUGUACGUGUAUUCACAAGAUUGUAGAUUUAGAAUAUUGUAGUUGCCUAUAAAAAAAAACUGCUAACAAUGACCAGUCAGUCCACCAAAGAAUGUUAAGCCAAAAGUUUCCCUGUCAAACAAGGUAUGAGAGUCAUGCCAAAGACCUUUCUUCUUCCAGUGACUCCAAAAUACUUGCUGCAUGUGCACUUAUUAUAAAAAUGAUAUGAUCAAAAAAUGUCAGUCAGCCAGUCAGAGAUGAGGUGGGAAACAGACCUUCCUCUGGUUCUGUAAUAUUGUUUAUCUAGGUCUUAGUGACCUUUGACCUCUAUUGUGCCUUGUUGAAGCCAGUGGACAGCUCCUGAUAAGGAACAACCUCUUGGCAAAUAUUAAUAUAUCUGUUUGGGGUCUCGUCCAUCUACAGAGGUCCGUUUUGUGUUUAUUGACAAGUGCCUUUUUUCUUUUAACAUUUGGAAGCAUUUAUGUUGGAGUGUGUAGGAACACUUUUAUGAACAAGCUGUCCAUUAUUUUUAUCUUCUCUCUAGAAAACCGAUAGAGAACCGCUUUGCUCAAAUCAGCAUCAGGGGGACCACUAUUUAGAAAGAAACUGUACAGAAGGAAUCAAAAGUCAAAUUUUAUUCACACAAAAAUGUUUUAUCUAAUGUACUGGUUUUUAAAAUGAUUUGUUUCUUAAGAAACUAAAGCAAAUUGAAAAUGCCUUGAAAAUGCCUUGCCUUUCAGAAGUUCUUGGACCUGUCGAUGGGGACACAAUCGAACAAAAACCAUGUCACAUCUGUUAUGAGCUCAGUGUUAUCAUACGACGGCAUGACUCCGUGUUAAGGAUCAUUGGCACAAAGUUGAAGAUGCUUUUCGAUAAUGCUUUUUUUUCUUUUUUUUUCAUAUGCUACCUAUUUUCCCCUGUAUAGGUAGUACAGCUUCAUGGGUUGUGUGUGUUCCUCAUCAGCGGGAGGUGCUGUUGAGCUUCGUUACCUAAAGCGCCUAAUAAAAAUAGUCACAAAGAUGUGGAAAAUGGAAAGACGUGCCCUGUUGCAUUGAACACUUCCAACUCAUUUUGACACUCGUGUGACAGCUGCAGAAACUCCACCUCCUCACCUGAUCAUUCACUAUUGUCCAACUUCCUGUUCCUGUUCCUUGUUUUCUUUGUUCUGCCCUUUUCCCCUUUCCCACCACGGUACCUACCCCGGCUGAGAAAUAGCACUGGUGUCAUUAAAGUAUUUUUAGGGGGUUAGAGCAGUUAGCACAGUUGUUAAAUAUGGGUAAUGAAGUGCUAAGCUAAAUACAUAUCUAGGCUAUAAGAGGGGGUUUUGUUCGUUGGAUUAGGAUCAGUGUUCCCUAAUAGAGGUUCACAUUAGUUCUUGAAAUGAAUAGUGAGAAUCGGGAACAGUAGCUACAGAAAUGGUUCUUAAUGGCUUAAGCAACAAAUGAGCAGUUCCUUUAUUUAACAACUGGCCACUUUUCUUUUCGUUAUGCCUCACUAAUUAGUUGUGAUGUAUACAUGUGUACACAUUCACUCGCAGGCGUCAGCACCCCUGAAAGCCUCUUAAUUUAACACGAUGUAAUCGGCAAAACCCCUUAAGCCCAGCGGACACCUUAAGAGUGCAGCCUGGCAAUCACGGUCUCAUUCAUAGAGAAAGACAAAACAUUAAAGUCCAGUUCACCGUGUGCUUUGCCUGAUGGUUAUGAAACAACAAGCUGCAGAGGCUGAAACAACGAUUGGAAAAAUACAGCAAAGAAAUAUUGGAACACAUACCCAGCCCUGAUUUAUGGGCACAUGCACACAAGCCUGUAUGCAUUUUCAAGACCAUCAUACACAAUGUCUACAUAUCUGCUGACAAAUGCAUCUGGUGUUUAGGUGCAACUUGUAAACCUCAUCAUUUGUCUACAAAGUGGUGUCUGAGAGUUGAAUCAAUUUGCAUUUAACAUUGUCUUCAGCAAGAUUUUGAUUUUCAUGAGAUGUGAUCAUCGGAGGUCGUGUUGUAGAACGGCCUCUUUCAGGUUUUUAUCUUGAUUUCUCCAUUUGUACAUGGCUCAUGCACAAGUGUUAUCUCAAUUGCAUGAGGAUGUGUGACCUGGUAAUUAAAGGU